AUGAAAAUGAGUGUGUAUAUCUCUAUAUCCAGUUUCAGAUGUGGGAAUCCAUUUUUUGGAGCUAUGCGAUCCCAUUGGUUGCAAUUGGGGGAUGAAAUGAGCCUUUCUAAAGUGUUCGUCGCUGCAGAUUACUCAGAUUCAGUUCCUGAUUCAUCUAAUUAUUUAGGCCAUAAUGGGUAUCAUCCUCUCGAGGAAUUAAAAGAUCGCAAAAGAGUUCGUGACAUUAAUCUCACCUCUGCUGAAAUAGCACGGACUGCAGUUGAGGUUUUUUUCUCCCCUAAAAAUUUAACUAAAGCAAAAUCCUCGAAUUGUCUGAAUAUUGGCAAACAGCAGUGCUUUGUUGAUAUUUCCAAGUAUGGCGCACUCAGUGCUUUGUUGAUAUUUCCAAGUAUGGCGCACUGUGAGCCACACAGACAAGUCUCAUGGGCUGAGUUUCAGUAUGUUAUUGAUGAGUGGGGAAUAUAUUUUUUGAAAUUUCUGAUGAUGAAAACAUCUUGUAAGAUCAUGGUGCAAAAUGCUUUAUUUGGGAUGGAUAUCCCACUAUAUGAGAACAAAUGGGUAUAUGAUGCUGAAUAUGACAUUUCCGAGAGUGGUUUUAGGGAUGAAAUUUCUUUUCGUGAUGAUUACUUUGAGUCGGAGGGUUCUGAAAUUUUCGAUAUCCCAAUUGACUGGGGAAGGCCAGAUGCUUCCAGAUUGGUUCAUCCAGUUUAUUUUGGUAAAUGUUUGGCAAAGGUGAUUACUGCUUGGCCUGGUAGCUGAUGUACUAGGUAACUGACUUUGUUGAAGCUGUUUCUGAUCACGAAGAUGAGCCAUAGUUAGCUUUUUUGUAAAUGUUAAAAUAUACUUGUAGCAGAUUGAUGAUUGUCAUAUUCAUAAGCUCUUAUUAAUUUUUAGAAUG